GGUUUCUUUAGGAUUCUUGAUUCUUGUUUUAUUUAUCUAUAAGGAUUCAUCAUUCCUGUUUUAUCUACUGUGCAACGAGAGUGUCAUGGCUACUCUGUCUGAAAUCGUCGAGGAAGAACUUGGAGCAUCACUAAGAAGCAAGCUUUCAAGAACAAGUGAAACCAGUCUUGCUUCUGUCGCAUCGUUAUCCAUGCCACUUAUUCAGGAGAUUGUUCUAUCAGCAGACAUCAGAUGUAGUGACUGCCAAGAGAAAGUCGCCGACAUAAUGUCAAGAAUGAUCGAAACUUAUUCAAUAUUGGUGAGUGUCCUGGAGAAGAAAGUAACACUAACGUGCACAUAUUCCGGUGACCGUAGAGUCUCCAAGUCAUAUGGUGAAGCUCUUCUCUGCAAAAUCUCGACCAUCAAGCGUUUGAUAUGUCCUUCAAGGAAACAACAACUCAAAAUUGCUUGAUUUUUUGCUUCUUAUUAUCAUUUCUCUUUGCAAUAAAAUUAUAUCUUUUAU